AUGUCAUGGCUUCACGGGGCUUGGUCACUGGAACACAUGCGAGGGGAAAAGGGUCACGAAGCCGAGAAGACGACUACAAAAGCUCCAACAAGUACGGUGGCAUUACAUCCAUCGACGUCGUCAUUGCCAUCUUCAGCGAGCACAUCUACAGCGACUUUGGCAACACCGACAAAACCCUCAGUGAAUGCCACUACACUACAUUCUCCAUCGACAACGGCACCGACAACGUCACCCGCAACAGCACUAGCGAGCACUGCUACAGCACAAGCCUUGACAACAACAACAUCCAUCUCAACAGCUACGUUGGCGACUUCGACGGCUGCAGUUCUCACAAACAGUUCUACAGCAGCGACUUUGAUAACUGAGCAGCCUGCUUCGACUCCGAUCAGCGAAUUUCCGACGAGUCCCAGUACAGUACCGGUGUCGACGGCUACACAGCCUGCUUUGACUUCUACGAGCUAUGUUCCAAUAAGCUUCAGUACAGUACUGGUUUCGACAUCUACAGAAACCCCUUCGGUGAGCACGUUAUCGACCUCGAUGACGGCAUCUCUAGCAGACAUCACUACAACAGAAGACCUCGCCAACUACACCGCUCGCAUCGACAAGCACACUACCAUCCAGCACAACAUUGGGUUCGACAACUGCAGAACCUACUACAUCGACUGCGGCUGCUACAUCAACGAAAUCGACGUCGGCAACCCAAACAAGCACCAUUACAGCAGAGACAACUGCAUCGGUCGCUUCGACAAGCACACUACCAUCUAG